AUGGCUCCAAAGAGACGCGCGGCCGCGAGGAAGGCCGCACCCGUCGCCGCGGCGAAGAAGCCCAAGCCCGCGGACGACGAUCCGACCUACACCAGACCGACGCCCACUCCCGAGGAGGUUGCCGAGCUCACGCGAAAGUACGGCCCGACGCAGCACCCGGAGGAGUACUACGACACCCGCAAGACGGACCCGAACCGCCCGGCGAUCGCCCAAGCCGCCAAGGCCAAGGCGCUCGUGGAGGAAACGGCAUCGGACGACCCGACGCUGGCGAACUUCCUGACGUGGUGCACCAUGCGGGGGUUCGAGUUGCAUCCCUCGCUCGUCGUUAAAAACGCGUCGGGCGCGGGCGACGCGCCCAGGCACAACGCGGUGUUCGCGAGGGGCGACAUCGCGCCGGGAGACGUCCUCGUCGUCAUCCCCAAGUGCUGGUGCCUCACCCCCCGCACGGGAUCGAUAACCAACGUCCUUCCCCGGGACGUCCUCGCCGACCUCGACGAGGCGGCGUUGAUCUUGACCGUCAUGUACGAGCGCGCGCUGGGCUCGCGAUCGCCGUGGGCGCCGUAUUUCGCCCUCCUGCCCACUCCGUCGGAGAACCUCCCGUUCCUGUGGGACGAGCGCGACGCGACGCGAUGGCUCGAGGGCACGGAGGUGUUCAGGCGCAUCGCGGAGGACCUUCCGGCGAUGCGAGCGGACCACGCCCGGUGCAUGGACGCGUGUCGAAGAUUCGAGGAUCGAAUGACGGAGUUCUUCCCGGAUGGAAAGGCGCCGCCGAGGAUCGCGGUGCCCGUUCCCGAGCGCUCCCCGGACGACGACGACGGUUCAUCUUCCGAUGAUGACAUCGGCGAGCGUUUCACCGAACCAAACGACGGUCCUUACGGGUUCAACGCGUUUCUCUCCGCGGCUUCGCUGGUGGCGUCGCGAGCGUUUCAGGUUGACGCGAUCUCCGGUCAGGGUCUGGUUCCCGUCGCGGAUCUGUUCAACCACAGGGGCGCCGCCUCCGGGGGCGAGCACGUGCACUUCACCGAUACAGACGGGGACGGUGACGGGUCGGGUGAUGACGAUUCGGAUUCCGGAUCCGGUUCCGACGGCGACGGUUCUAAUCCCCGGGGCACCAACCCCGACGAAGAGACCGUCCCCGGCACGAAUUGGCCGAGACGGCCCAACGACACGUGGGAACGACCGAACGAACCCAUGCCCGGAGUCUACCCCGACAACGAUGAAUACGAUAAAGACCUCGCGUCCAAGCCGAUAUGGCAGAGGAGCGUUGCGCCCACGUGCGGCGACGUGACCACCAUCGACGGGCCGCCGUUGACGCUCGUCGCCGUUAAAACCGCGACCGCCGGGGAUGAAAUCUUCAACAAUUUCGGCGAACACGGCAACGCCUUGCUCCUUCACAAGUACGGCUUCUGCGAGUGGGACAACACGCACGGCGGGGUGACGAUAUCGCACGAGACGCUGUUCAAGGUGCUGGGGCCGGAGGUCAUCGUGGAGGCGGAGUCGGCGCUGGACGGAGACGCGGAGAUGGACACCGAGGCGGAUGCGGAGCAAUCGCACGAGGGCAUCGGUUUCGGCCCCCAGAAGCUCCCGUGGGAGCGCACCGACGACGCCACGAGUAAAGGCGCCGCCAUGGCCCGCGCCGCGGGCUGGGUCGGUUCGCAGUACGAGAUCUCCGCGUCGGGCGAACCGAGCAGGGAUUUGAUCCUCCUCCUCGCCACCGCGCUCGCCGACCCGGAUGACCCGAAUCAGAUGGACCCGACCACCGGCUUGUCCCCGCACAUGGGCGAGGACGACGCGUCCAUCGUUCAGACGCUCGACGGCGUCGCGGAGGCGUUGCUCGCGGUCGUCAAGGCGAGACGCGAGGAACUCCCGGAGGGGGGAACGGCGGAUGGCGAUCUCGCGGCGGCGAAGCUCGCGCACGAAAAGGCAAAAAAAUUGUAUGGGAACAACGGGACGAAUGACGCCGCAAAAUCCGGGUGCGUCGGCGAAGCCGCCGCGCUGCUGCUCCGGUCGCAGGAGCGCGUGGUCCUCGAGAAGGGGAUGCUGUGGGUCAUCGAGACGCUGCGCGCGGGCGGCGGCGGCGGCGGGGUUAAACCGAAUGUAAAUCCGGUCGACGUUCCCGCGAGGACGGAUUCGCCGGGUUUGGCGCAGCCGAUCCAAUCGACUCCGUACGGUUCCGUGGUGUACCUUCCCAGACGUGGACCGAAGCCGACGAGUGGGAUGGACAAGGCGUACGAGCAGCCGGCGAGCCCGAACCACCCGCACCCGGGGCUCGGGUCGGACGUGUUCGGCCUCCCCGACCCGGGCGAGCGCGAGGACGAGCAGUGAUUCACGCGUCCCUCACCGACUAAGUGUUAUGCUUACUUUCCUAAGAGUAUCG